CAGGCAAGCAUCAGUUGUCAUCCUAGACUCACAAAAUGAAGAUUCUGAUUCUCUUCGCUCUGGGUCUGGUCGCCCUGGCCGCCGCCCGACCCUCCGACAUCAUCGACUUCGAGGAGGACCACAUGGAGCACGAGCAGGAGGGCAUCCCAGGAACGGCCGUGGAGGGCGAGUACUCGUGGGUAGCGCCCGACGGGAACGAGUACCACGUCAAGUACGUCGCCGACCGCUUCGGUUACCGCAUCGUCGACGACAACGUUGUGCCCAGAAUGCGCAGCGACGAGCCGGAAGCUGAGGAGGACGAUGAUUAGAUAGGAAUUAUGUAUUA